AUGGGGCUAGGGGCAUCUGCCAUCCUCAAAGCGCUCGUCAAACAACUUAGAUCACCACUAUCAGAGGCUGCUAGUAGGAAAGAAGCAGGCUUGGGCAAGAUCAUCCACAUCGAUUGCUCACUUUGGCAAAACAAGAGGGUGAUGAGGAGGAUGACUUUGACGGGGGUGGAGCAGGCUGCUAGAGGUGUGAUUCCGCAUGUCAAGUGGACAAUCUUGAACGAACUUAGCAAUUGUAAAUUCCUUGUGGUGUUCCACAAUGGGAGUGGCAACUAUGUGGAUCUAUGGGAAUGUGGUGUCCCUGUCAUGGGUGUUAUGAGCAAGAGGGUGUUGUGGGCCUCUCAGGCGGGCAAUUUCAUGCUCCGUGAUGAUGCACUUGAGGAGGUUGAGAUGGAGAAGUUAGCUGGGUUGAGUGAUGUGUUCAUAUCGGUUGGCCCGCAAAGUUUUAUUGAUAAGAAUGAAGUCAUUAAUGUCUUCUUUCGCUUCCUACAUGCUGAUGCUGAGGAAUUUGCUAGGUACAGUGGUGUUCUUGAACCUGACUCUAAGCUAAGUUACACAAACUGGUAUUGGUUGCUAUCGAAAGAGAUGUUGGAUCUAAUGGUUGAACUUAGGGAGUUGAAUGUAAAAGGAGCAGACAAUAGGAGCAUGAUGUAUCUACAUCAUUGUAGAGGUUCCAAAAGUAGGAUGCUCAAGCUUCGAGUGGUAGAGGCUACAGAGUCAUUUGAAGAAGAUGAGGUAGUCAAGUCAACCCAUGUGUUAACCAGAUCAUCUAAGGACUAUGGCAUUACUAGUGCCACUGACGAUAGAGAUCAUGUUUCAUCAUCCCCAGACCUGUCAAACUGGCACAUCCUUAAGACUAUCAUCAUUGAUGGUUGUGGUGAGCUAGAAGAAAUUGAAUGCAACACUUUGCCCCCAUCACUAGAGUCAUUUUCCUUCACCAACAAUAUUGUCGCCACAAGGAUAAAGAAGAUUUCCUUCUGGGGAUGGGUCAAAUUGAAAUCCAUGUUGCUUAUAGGACAGUUUGGUAGCCUUGUGGAGCUGAACAUGUCAGGUACAUUAGUUGAAACCCUUGACCUCAGUGCGAUUCAAGCCCAAGACCUCAAGCUAAUCUUUCUUUUGGGAUGUGAGAAGCUCCAUGCAAUACUACGGCCACAUGAGGAAAACAAGAAGAUAAAGUUAGAGGUGUUGCGCAUUGACACCACCCAUAUAACAUGGGCCAGGGAAGAUGCCUCCAAGAAUGAAGAUUCUACUAGUGGUGACUUUACAAGUAUAGAGUCACAGUCGAUAGCAAUGCAUGGCAACAACAAAUCAUUGGCCUACUCAGAUUCAUAUAUUUCCUUGAGGGAUCCAAGGCUUUUUCGAUCACUUCGGUGCAUUGAACUUGUAAAUUUCUUACAUGUCGAGAUUUCUUCUACUGGUGGUCACAAAGGUAUCACUCGAAGAGUCAAUGACACUACUUGCAGCGUCAAUGAACUAGAGGGAGCCAAGACCUUGCACUUGCAUGACAACUUAUCCAUCACCAAUAUCCCUGACCUUGCACCGCCUACUACAAUAAGUUUAGAUUGGGAUAACCUACUAUGGUGCCGACUCGAGAGAUGCCAUGGCUUAGAAGGCUCUGUUUUCGCUCCUCCUUCUGUACGGGAGGAUGAAGACGACAUUUUUGGGUAUCUAGCGACAUUCUGGGCAUCCCAGCUUCUAAAGGCUCGCUAUAUAUGGGAUUGGAGCAAAGCAUUGUUUCGCCCGGGUGGUGCUUCCUUUGAGAAUCUUAUAUUCUUGCACCUGGAUGGCUGUCCCAGACUAUUACAUGUGCUCCCCUUAUACGCAUCAAAUGGAAGAGGAUGUCAUAACUUGGAAACCAUCGAGAUUGUGUGCUGUGGUGAACUAAGGGAGAUUUUUCCAUCUGAUCUAGAAGUGCAGCAGCAAGAACCUAGAGAAUUCCCGAGGCUGAAGGGCAUCCAUCUGUAUGAGCUACCCAUGCUACAGCACAUCUACGGGCACCAUAUGUUGGCGCCUAACCUCGAGACUGUGAAGAUUAGGGGCUGCUGGAACCUCAAGCGCAUGCCGGCCGUUCGACGACCCACUCGUCGUCGUCAUAGACGAGGCACUCCAGCUGAUGAGGCAGAAUUGUUGGAUAGCGCAGGAUCGUCAGACAACUCUGAAUCUGACGAGGAGGAGGCCCAGACGCUGCCAACGGUGGACUGUGAGAAGGACUGGUGGGAUAGCUUUGAGUGGGAGCGGGAAAGAGUUCGGCCACCACCCUUCCCGCUACAAGCCGUGCCACUCCGCGUACCACAAGAGGAGCCUGCUGAGAGCGUCCGUACUCAGGUAGUAAUCCUCUCAAUGGAUAUCUGGGUAUGGAUCUGUGCAUGGUCUUAUGGCUGGCUCUGA